UGAGACGGAUAACGAUUGCUGCUGGCUUACAUUAAACUACUCACGUCGUGCAUAGGUAGUCAGCGUGCCCGGACCAGACCCGCAGCAUCGAAGAAGAAAGGGUCCGACCAGUUUCUUUUCCCAGUGAGGAGUCCAUUUCGCAGGCAUUUUUUUAGUGCGAAGCACUGGACGGUGGAUAUACGUGCGUGCAAACAACUCCUUCCUUCAACAAAGCAACGACCUCUGUCUCCGGGAAGAUGGAGCCGACGGGCCGCCAGUACCGCAUGACCGGCUUCGGCGACUUCCUGGAAUGGCGCACUCUGCGAUUCGUCGAGCCCUUGCCCAAGAUCCGGGUUUGCGCGCUGUGCGGCGUCGUGGCCUCGGUGCUCAAGUUGCUACCCUGCACCCACGUCCUGUGCGAGUCCUGCGAGGGCCAGGCCGUGGACGCGGGUCGCCUCUGUCCCAUAGAGGGCGCCAGCUUCGACGGCGAAGACGUGCAGACCAUGCCCUUCCCGCGGCGCGACCUCGGCGAGCGCCGGGUGUUCUGCUUCAACUACGCCGGAGACGGCGAAGGGUGUGACUUCGCCGGGAAGCUGGAAGAGCUCGAGCAGCACUUCGUGGUGGACUGCUUCCACGGUCGCGUGCAGUGCUCCAAGUGCGCGGGCGAGGUCGCCCGCAAGGACGUCUUCGAGCAUUACGUCGGAUGCGUGGGAGGCGAUGACUGGAGCAGCAGCGGCGUGUCGUCCGACGGUAGGGUGAGCUUCAACGCCGAGGACGUGAUGCGCCUGGCGUCAGCGCUGAGGGACCUUCAGAAUGGGCUGAACAAGGCGUCGCUCCACGAUCCCGCCGGCGAUGCCAAGAUUUCCGCGCUUCGACACAGGGCCAACUCGCUUGCCAACUUCCUCGAUUUCCUGGACCCUCAGGGCGAAGGCGAACAAGGGGACCGGACCUCCCAACGUUACAGCUGGUGCGAUUCCGAGACAGGCACGGCAACGAUCUGCAAGUUCGUGGGCGUCGCGUCCAUGCGCAAGGCCGACGACCCGACGCUAAGACUAGGCCAGCCUCAUACGCUGGAUGGGUACACCUUCAACAUGGCGUGCAAGUUCGAAAGGUCGUGGGGCAAACUUUCCGGCGUCUUCCUGCUCUUCGCCCUCUGCGCCGGCAGCAAGGACGACGUCGUAGAAUGGCCGUUCGCCAAGCGCGUCACGCUGAGCAUCGCCCACGCCAAGAAAGAAGGCAGCGACAUCAGAGUUCCAGUGAAUAUAUGCCCGGAAAGGGACGCGGAGUCCUUGAAGAGGCCUAUGGCUGACGUCACGCCGAAGUGGAUACAGUCGGAGAAGGUCAGCUGGAAGCAGGUUGAGAAGAACGGUCUCGUCCAUGACGACUGCCUGUAUGUCGCCGUUGCCUUCGAGUAAUAGCCGCCUUUGGACGGCGACGCAUGUUCACUCGCUUCGUAGGCGUUGUCCUAUAGAAAUGGCUGUUAUGACGUUACCGGUUGCUUCCAUGGCCUACAGUGCUGUAAUGCAUGGCGUUCGAGAUCGGUUAACAAGGAAAGCCAUCUCGGAGGCUGUGAGGGGAGUAUGUGAUGUGGACGCCAUCCUUUACGCUGUCAAAAACGAACAAACCUUUUCGUCUUGGUCCCAUCUUCUGGCAAGAGCUUCACAUUCCGGAAAACAUGGAAGAAUCGCCUCCCAAGCGUUUUCGCCAUAUCGAUUAGAACACGUGAUGUGCCAAACAGCUCGCUUUUCUGCCCCGUGUGUUCGCUCUCCUGUUUGUAUCUUCGUAACAAUAUGAUUGAACAUCGCAUGAAAGUUCCGCGGAGUUGGCGCUGUUUUCGAGCAUUAUUCGCUUCUUCUAAUGUUGCGUGUCAGAAGGCAUUACGCACCCAGUCCCUCACACGAGUUUUUUCUUUGAUACACAUAUUUCUCAGAUGUCUUAAUAAAUUUUGUAGAUCACCGCCAGGCGGACGCUUCGCGCACUCAUGUCACCAUCGUUGUCUUAGUUGACGCAUGCGCAUCACUGGCGUGAUAUGUAUAUUUUAUUUAUUUUCAAAUACUGUUGGCCGUCUUGGCCGUAACUGAGUGGGUACAGCAAGUUCGCACAUAGCGUAAAAAAUGUAAACACCUUACAAACGUAAAUGGGACAUGAAGCAAUGAAUGUUGGAAAUACAAUGCAAGACAUUGAUAACCAAAUACAAAUACAAUAUUUUGGCUAAGAAAUACAUGUUUGUAACAUUGUGACAGUGAUAACGGAAUCAGCAUAAAAGAAAGACUAUUGUAUGUAUUUCUAGAACAGUGCGACGUUUGCACGACACCACUAAGAAUCAAUGUCAUAAAAGGUUUUUAACGCGUUCCUCGGAUUUUAAUUCUACUCGACUGCAAAACAGGCGCCGGCAAACUGUUCCAUUCCUUAAUCGUUCGCGGAAAAAAUAUAAGCGUACAUGUGCAGAUAUGCUUUUGGAAUUGAGAACAUGCAAUGAUUGCUUGACCUGACGUUUUUAGCCUCCCUGGAAGCGAGAUAUGGUGUGGUUUCAAUAUUGAAGUGGACUUUCGAUAACAAAAAAAGAAAUUAAAGUUUAGCCAACUUCCGCCGUUGAGCCAGUGGCGGCAAAUCAAGCAACCGAAGCAUUUCGGAAACAGAGUCGGCACGAUAAUACCAGGAAAGAAUGAACCUUGCAGACUUUCUUUAUUUUCUCAAUGCGGUUUAUUGAUCCUGAUUGAAACGGAUCCCAAAUCACACUAGCAUACCCUAACGUCGGUCUAAUGCAAGUUAAAUAUGCAAGUAGUUUGACGGGUGUGGUUGCUAGCUUUAAUUUUCGGCGAAGGAACCAUAACUUUUUUUCUGCAGCUCUACAAAUUCUGUCUAGGUGUGAUUUCUAACUCAAGUCUUUCGAAAUUGUUAAACCUAGGUAUUUUGUCACUUCAGCUUCAGUUAGAAUUGUUGAGUUCAUCUCAUAAUUACACUCAAUAACAUGCUUUGUUUUGUUUGUAACUCUGAGCAUGACUGAUUUAGACUCGUUAAUUUUCAUUUUACUUUUUGCGGCCCAGACUUCUACAGCUUUAAGGGCUUGACUAAGUGACUCCUGAUCGUUUUGGUUAUUGAUUUCAUGAUAUAAUAAACAGUCGUCUGCAAAUAACCGGAUGGUUAUGCCGUUACUUAUGUGAUGAGCAAUGUCAUUUAUGUAAACUAGAAAAAUAAGUGUCAUAAAACGGAUCCCUGUGAAA